AUGCAACAUCAACUCCAACGUCGGCCAGCUGGUUUCCAUCGAGAGGUCCCCCUGGAGAAAGCCCCUCCGAGGCGGCGGCCGGGGUCGGCGCGGAGUAAGACCCACCGGGGCGGCCCAGUGGCAGCCACGGGGCAGGGCCGGGGUCUGCCUGGACCCUGUUUACCUUUGUUUCAGGUACUCCAGCUCACAGCCGGGCCCGGGAUCCCGCCCGAGGCCCCGAGCUGUUCCCGAGGGCUGUACGGACGAACUGGCCCCGGAGCCCCGAAAGUGGGAGGGACCAGGCCGUCCCCCGCCCUCUCGUCUGUUGGCGCCCCGGGGCAGGCCGUUUUCACACCUCCCGGGCUGACAAGGCCCGGGACCAAGCUGGGCAUGAGGCGGCGCCCGUACCGCCUCGAACCCCGACUUCCGCGGCCGGGCCAGCCCCGCUGGCCCCUCGGGCCAGUCCGGUCCCCGCCCCCAGGCCCCGGCCCCGCCCGCCCGGGCCUCCGCGCACCGCCCCCCGGCCUCGCCACAACCCGCGGGCCGGACCCGGGGCGCGAGAGCGCCCGGCCGCGCGGCCGGCGGCCACACGCCUACCUCAGCGCCCGCGGUUCCUCCUCCGGCUCCUGCCUUGAAUCACGGACAGCGCUAGCCGCCAGGCCUCCCGGCGGUGCGGGAUUUGAGACUGCGAGUGCGGCGCGUGAGGAGCUGAGGCCCGAGCGCGCCCCGCCCAGCCGCCAGUCCACCCCCACCUACCCCUCGGCCCCACCCUCUGCUGUGGGCUCGGAGCCCCGCCCCGCCUGCCAGGCUCCGCCCCUCCCAGUGGGCCCCGCCCACCCUGCCGGCCUGAGAGUGACAGGGGGCGGUCAGGGGCGCUAG